UCCUCCCCAGCUGCCGCUUCUGCGGCUGUCGAAGGAGCUCCGCUGCGCCUUUUGCUUCCUCUUCAAACCACCCGGUUGUCUCCACCACACAGCGGCGAAGGGCGAAGAAGAACCAAGUUUCUCCUGGAGCCACUUGAAGGGAGGCCAGGUGCGUGUCUGCUGUGGCUUUAAAAGGUCGGGGUGGGGGGACUGCUUGGCGCCAAAGCAAAGAGGAGAGGAAUACUCCCGCCUCAGAAGACGUCUCGUCGUCGGUAGCCUCAUUGGGACUCUGUAGCUGUAGGACAGACUUUGGAGCUGCCCGAAGUUGUUGGGCUGAUUGAGGAUGAUUGCCUGUGGAGUAUAUCAUAGCUGUGUUGACAGACUUCGUGAAAUCUUACCAAAAUGUAAGGUUCCUCUCUCUCUCCUUCUGCUUCAUUUGUUUCUGGCUCCCUCUGGCAGAGCUGAGAAUAGUUUCUUAGGACAAUACAGAGCUGUGUUUAAUACCUCAUGUCAAGAAGUAUGGACUUUGUCACCUGCAACUUCUGUGCCUGCCCUUACAAACUUCACAGUCUGCAUUUAUCUUAAACUGUACAAUCCAAAAAAUUCUUGGACCGCAUUUGUCUACAAAAAAGAACAUGAUGGCAAUCAUUCAGCAUCAGGCCAUUAUGAACUUGGACUUACAGGAGGACAUGACAAAUUGACUGUUUGGAUAUUUGGUGAAGAAAUAACCUGGGAAGAAAAACUGAAAGAGGGCUUGUGGUACCAAGUAUGCAUAGGAUGGAGAAGGGAACAGCAGCAAGUGAGUGUAUAUGUAAAUGGUGAAGAAAAAAAAACUGAAGAAAUAAAGACUAAUGAUGAAGGGGAAAAAACUGGACAGCUUGUUGCAGACGGGCAACUUUUACUUGGCUGCUCACAGAAGCCUGGCGUAUCCUCAUCUUCUUCAGAUGGGAUGGUUGGUGAAUUGUACAUGUUCAGAAUGUGGGCAAAAGGAAACAUAAAUCACACUCAAAAUUGCCAAGGUGGCACCAUUAUUCGCUGGAGGAAGGAUAAUUGGGUCUACAAUAAGACAGCACAGUACAGCAACUCUUUGCCUUGUGGUAAUGCCAUGCAUCUCUCAUCAAGACUUGGAAAAGCUCCAAUAACUGCAUCAGAUGCAUCUUCAGUUGAAACUCUGAAUACUGCAGAAAUGACUAAUGUGACAGAACAUGGCUUUUUAACAACAACUGCUGCAGACGGAAUAAUGAAUACAGAAGACAGUGCUGGGUCAACUUCUACUAAUGUGGUUGGUGUAUCGUCUGCCAGAACUGGGGGCCACAGGACUGAGCUGAAUGUGCUCAGGAUGCAGCAAACAAAAAUUCUAGACAAUCAUCUAUGCAACUUAUCAGCUCUCUGUAACGACUCAGUCUUCUACAUGGGCACUGUGAAAUUUCAGAUCAGCAAAAACAGCUCAAAUGCUUCUUAUAACCUAACAGUACAAUAUCCUGGGGACGACACCAGUCAAUACCAAUUGAAAGCUACUUCACCACCACUACAAGAACUGAAAAUUUCAGAUUUCAACAAAACCCUUCAGAAUCUAAGUGAGUCAUCUGGCAUGCAGUGUGAUAAAGUGACCCAAAGCAGUACCAGACUAGAGUGCAGUUUCAUAAUAAAGCUGGAGAAAAAAAUGAAUAUAAGCAACCUAUUAUCAAAAUUAGAAGAAAAAGCAGAACUUGGUGCAAUAGAGUUGUGCUGUUGUUCAGGUUUGCAGCUUUACUCUUGUCCCUCAACUGUUGAAGACCUCCGAUUACUGCAGUGUGAUAUGCACGGACAAGUUGCCUGCACCAGCCUUGGUACGCCUGGCCCACCAGUGUCACCUGUUGCUCCUUCCACUAUACCUUCUGAUGUUGUGACUCAGCGUGGCUCUCUUUCCUCUGAAUCAAACACUGUUUCACCUACACCCUUGACCGAGCCAAGCACUAAUGGCUUUGCUACAAAUACACUCACUGAACAAAACACAAUUGUGCUUCCUUCUGCAUAUCCUACAAAAUCUACCAGUGCAGUUCUUUCUCCUCCUCUUGAAACAAUUAAUCCAGUCUUUACGACAGUGUCAUCUGCCAAGCCUACUACUACUUCUGUUGUGAGAUAUUCCACCACACCUACUGGUGCAAUACUUCAUACUACUUCCAAACCUACAGUGGCAGUUUCCCCAACCAUAUUGUCCACCUCAUCUGCCAUGGACACUACUUCAGAUAUGCACUCCAUUACUGAUUCAACGGGAAGUCCAACUAAAGUCAGCACGGAACAAAUAUCUCGCACUGAGCCCAACAUUACCCAUAGUAUUAAUGUUGAGAACAUCGUUUCUGAAUUAGAGCGCAACUUGACUGCAGAAACGAUAUCACCAGUGCUUGCAAGUACAAUGCUAGACAGGGUUAAUUUUCUCUUAGACAUUCCCCAAGCAUGUGUAUCUCCAAUUUCUAAAAGAAUAAUAAAAAUAGUGGAUGCAAUUGGCUUAAAAUUGAACUUCUCGACAGAAUCCAUUAAUUUAACCUUCCCUUCCUUGGCUCUGGCUGUUCUGAAAGUCAACAGCAGCUCCUUUAACAGUGUUUCUUUUGUUGUUGAAGAUUCCUCAGACCUUCAGGUUACUCUUGGAACUCAAGUGCCUACAAAUAGUGCUGGGUCUAUUACACUUCCCUCAUCAAUAAUGACAAAUUUGCCAUCAGAAGCUAAGAAUCAAGCUUCUAGAAUUACAUUUAACUUUUUUGAAAAGACAACUCUUUUCCAGGAUCCCUCACUGGAUAAUUUGUCUCUGAUCAGCCAUGUUAUAUCAUCAAGUGUUGCUAACCUUACAAUUAGCAACUUGAAGACAGAUGUUACAGUUACACUGCAAAAUGCCAGGCCUAGUCAGGAGAAUUUGAGUAUCAGAUGUGCCUUCUGGGACUUCAGUAAAAAUGGUGGCAAAGGAGGCUGGACCUAUGAAGGUUGCGUAGUUAGAGAAAGAAGAACAAAUGCAACCAUCUGUAGCUGCAACCACCUCACAAGCUUUGGAGUUUUACUGGAUUUAUCAAGAAACACCACUAUAGCUCCCAUCCAAGUGCUAAUUCUAACUUUCGUCACAUACAUAGGUUGUGGCCUUUCAGCCAUUUUUCUUUCUGUUACUCUUGUUACAUAUAUUGCAUUUGAGAAAAUCCGAAGAGAUUAUCCUUCUAAAAUCCUUAUUCAGUUGUGUAUUGCUUUACUCUUACUGAACUUAGUUUUCCUCCUGGACUCCUGGGUUGCCCUGUAUAACGUUGAAGGACUAUGCAUCUCGGUUGCUGUUUUUCUUCAUUAUUUCCUUUUGGUUUCUUUUACUUGGAUGGGCCUUGAAGCCUUUCACAUGUAUCUUGCCCUAGUCAAAGUGUUCAAUACUUAUGUUAGGAAAUACAUCUUAAAGUUUUGCAUUAUUGGCUGGGGCAUACCAGCAAUUGUAGUAGCCAUUGUAUUGGCAAUAUCUCCAAAUAACUAUGGACUUGGAUCAUAUGGAAAGUUUCCCAAUGGCUCACCUGAUGAAUUCUGCUGGAUUAAUAAUAACAUUGUGUUUUACAUCACGGUUGUGGGAUACUUCUGCACAAUAUUCUUGUUGAAUAUCAGCAUGUUUAUAGUAGUGCUGAUUCAGCUUUGCAGAAUCAAAAAGAAGAAGCAACUUGGUACUCAGCGAAAAACCAGUAUCCAAGAUCUCAGGAGUGUUGCUGGCCUCACAUUCCUAUUGGGAAUUACUUGGGGAUUUGCCUUUUUUGCAUGGGGUCCUGUAAAUCUUGUAUUUAUGUAUCUUUUUGCCAUCUUUAACACCUUGCAAGGGUUUUUCAUCUUUAUCUUCUACUGUGUAGCAAAGGAAAAUGUUCGCAAGCAGUGGAGAAGGUAUCUAUGUUGUGGAAAGUACAGGCUGGCUGAAAAUUCUGAUUGGAGUAGAACUGCUACAAAUGGUUUGAAGAAGCAUAAUGUUAACCAAGGUGUAUCCAGUUCUUCCCAUUCUUUACAAUCAAACAGUAACUCAACUAAUUCCACCUCAGUGCUCAUGAAUAAUGAUUAUUCAGUGCAUGCAAAUGGGAAUGGCAUCUCCAGUGAGAAGAAUGGUGUUUCUUUCAAUGUGCAUAAUGGUGACGUGCAACUUCCUGACUUUUUAGGAAAGCAGCUUGUAUUUCAUGACAACAAUGACACAGGCCAUAAGAAAUCUUGCAUUUCAUUGAGAAGGACUUCAAAGAGAGGGAGUCUGCACUUUAUUGAACCCAUGUGACUUUUAAAAAAAGUUCCUGUCACAGCAUACAGAUUUAAUUAUUUUACAUAAUGUGAGAAGACCAAAAAAGGACAUUAUUUAAUAUACUAUAUCAAAGCUUCAAGGCAGCCUCAGAUUAAGAGUUUGUUGUUGUUUUUCUUUUAAUGUCAGUGAAAUUAAUUGACAUGGUACUUUAAAUGGAACAUCAUGGCUGGAAAACAUGACCAGCUUAAUUUGUUUUGUUAAAAAAAAGUUGAUUUUACAAGAUCCUUUUAAAAGUUCAGCUUACACUUAGGAAUAACUCAAAACAUUGUGCAGUAAUGUUGAAUUGAUAUAGAUGGUUACAAGCUAAACUUUGAAAAAGAUGCUUAAUAAUGCAAUCUUAACACAUGUCUACUGAAGAAAGUUCCACUGGGUUCCCUGGGACUUACUCCCAGAUGUGUAUGUAGGAUUGCAGUCUUAAUUGUCUUUCAAAAUAAUAUGAGAUGUCUGGAUCUUCCUUUUAAUAGGAUGUAGUCACAGACAUCAUAGUAUUGUAUAUAGACAAAACAGCUAAUUUGAUUAUCCUGUAAUUCUAUAUUUAUUUCUUGUAAAUUAAAUUUAAUAUUUCUUUGUAUAGAAAAAUGUGCAGAGUUCAAAGCCUUAUUGUAAUUAUAAAUUUAUAUGAAGUUAAUUGUUUCAGUUAACCUAGAAUACUUUGUAAGUCUUUAUAUACAAAAUGUAUCCUGUGAAAUUAUUUUAAAUGGUUAAGUACAAUUUGGGAAGACAUCAAACUGCAAGUAUGAAUUCUGCUACUAUAGAAGGUCUGACUUCCUGCUUCUUGGUCAGGUUCCUUCACAUACCUUAAAAGCUCCAUGUGAAAGGCUGAUGGAAGAAAAAAGAACUACAAUUUUAGGAUUAUUAAAGGUAAAUUUACUGGUAUUUCUCUCCAGAAUGGUGUCAUAUUAAAAUAAAACCCACUUAUAGGGGUGUGAAAUAAAUCCUUCAAA